AUGGUUAAAAAAUUGAUUUUAUACUACCAGGCCAAGCAACACCUCAGUAUACCCCUUUCUGCAGUCUCAAAAUGCCUCCUGAACAAGAAUAAGCUGUUUUUACUACUUGGAAUGCUGUUUGGACAAGGUAAACCUGCAAUUCUCCCUCUCCCCAAAGCUCCCACUUGUGGGCAGAGUUUGGUGAAGGCACAGCCUUGGAAUUACCUUAGCAUUUUCAGUCGCAUUGUUGGGGGAAGCCAAGUAGAAAAAGGUUCCUACCCCUGGCAGGUGUCCCUGAAACGAAGGCAGAAGCACAUCUGUGGUGGGACCAUCAUCUCUGCACAGUGGGUGAUCACGGCUGCUCACUGUGUUGCAAACAGAAAUAGUGUAACAACUUUGAAUGUCACUGCUGGAGAAUAUGACUUGAGCCAUAUAGAGCCAUGGGAGCAAACGCUCACCAUCGAAACCAUCAUCAUACACCCCUAUUUCUCCAUCAAGAAGCCAAUGGACUAUGAUAUUGCUCUUUUGAAGAUGGAUGGUGCCUUCCAUUUCGGCCAGUUUGUGGGGCCCAUGUGUCUUCCAGAGCCGAAGGAACGAUUUGAGGCUGGAUUUAGUUGUACAACUGCAGGCUGGGGCCGCUCGGCUGAAGAUGGCGUUCUCUCGAAAGUCUUACAGGAAGUCAACCUGCCUAUUUUGACCCAGGACGAGUGUAUGGCAGCUCUGUUAACCCUAAAGAAACCUGUCAGUGGGCGCACCUUUCUCUGCACAGGUUUCCCAGAUGGCGGGGGAGAUGCCUGUCAGGGAGAUUCAGGAGGUUCCCUCAUGUGCCGGAACAAGGAGGGGACUUGGACUCUGGCCGGUGUGACUUCCUGGGGUUUAGGCUGUGGCCGUGGCUGGAGAAACAACAUGCGGAAAGAUGAACAAGGAUCCCCUGGGAUCUUCACAGAUCUUAGAAAAGUGCUUCCCUGGAUCCACAAACACAUCCGAACAGGGAAGCGGAGAAAGAGCUCCAGAGCCCCAUGCAGCGAGCAGGGUCAUGUGCUCCGUGAGUCUGAGGGCGAGCUGCACUUCCCGGAAAGCCCCUUCCUGUAUUAUGAGAGCCAGCAACGGUGUGUCUGGACCCUGCUGGCCCCAGAGAAAAUGCAAGUGCUGCUCGGUGUUUCCCCCUUGGAUGCCGAGUCUUGUCGCCAUAGUUACCUCUCCAUCUCUUCCACAGACGACAGACUUAUGGGGAAGUUCUGUGGGAAGAGCCUCGCUUCGUGUCUUGUCGGCUCCAACUCCCUACGGCUGAAUUUCAUCUCUGAUGCCACAGAUCAGGCAGCUGGGUUUAACCUCACCUAUAAGGCUCUGAAACCAAACUACCUGCCAGAUUCAGGUUGCAGUUCCUUUACUGUCCUUUUUGAAGAAGGCCUCAUACAGAGUCUCCACUAUCCUGAAGACUAUAGUGACAUGGCCAGCUAAUGGGUUUUUCAAGCCCCAAGACGCUACCUAAUUAAGCUUUCCUUUCAGAGUCUGGAAGUAGAGGAAAGCGGGGACUGCACUUCUGACUACGUGACCGUGCACAGGGAUGUGGAAGGGCAGGAGGAAAUAGCUCGGUUGUGCGGCUUUGUUGCCCCUGACCCCGUGCUGAGUUCCUCUGGGGUAAUGCUCAUCAGCUUCCAGUCGGAUGAAAAUGUGACCUUCAGAGGCUUUCAGGCUACAGUGUCUUUCAUCCCUGAAACAGAUUUAAACAUCUCCAGCUCAGAGGACCAGUCGAUGUUUUUGGAGACAUGGAAUGUACUACCUGAAGACCGCAGUGCUUCUGGGGAACCUUGGAUGUGGAGAGAGACACCCACACAGAGAGAACGUCAAAUGAAUAGGAAGGUGGAGACUGGGUGACACAUCGUCUAUAAGACAAGGAGCACCAGUGGUCACCAGCAAACCACCAGAAGCUGGGGGAGAGGCACCAUCACCACCCUCAGAAGGAGCCAAUCCUUACAACACUUCAAUCUCAGA